AACUGCUCAAAUUCAUCUCUCCAAAAACUCCUUCGCUCUCUUUGAAUUUUUUUAUUCUUAAUUUUAAGUGUUCUUUUUCACAUUUAAUUUCUUUGUUUAAAUAAAAAGUAGUCGAGAUGGCUUCAUGUUACCGUCGUUUAACGGUCGAUCCAGUGUUACCAAACAUUCCGGUUCAACCGCCGAAGUUAAAACCAACGGUCAAGAUUCCUGUCUUCCCUCUCGUGCCUUACAAUAACCAACUGCUUGGAGGAAUCGCUUUACAAUCGAGAAAGUAUUGGAGAGUGGAGGCUGUGGGGCCAGUAGGAAGAUCGAAGGGAGGAGAUGGCGCGAAGAAGACGGAAGCGAGACCAGGCCCGUGUUCUUACUCUGUGGGAGAUCGGACGGCAGAGGUUGGGAGGAGAGAGAGGAAUCGGGAGGUGGAGAUGGUGGUUGCAGCGGCGGUGACUGUGUUGUUGGGAGUUGGGAAUCGAGUGCUGUAUAAGCUGGCUUUGAUUCCUCUCAAGCACUACCCUUUCUUUCUGGCUCAGCUCGCCACAUUCGGGUAUGUACUUGUAUACUUUUCCAUAUUGUAUCUCCGGUAUCGAGCUGGUAUAGUUACAGAUGAGAUGCUUGCCAUGCCAAAAGCUCCAUUUCUUGCUGUUGGCCUUUUGGAGGCACUUGCUGCUGUGACUGGAAUGGCAGCUGGAGCAAUUCUAUCUGGGGCAUCUAUUCCAAUUUUGUCUCAGACAUUUCUUGUGUGGCAAAUUCUCCUGUCCAUUAUUUUUCUUGGGAGGAGAUAUAGAGUAAAUCAACUACUUGGAUGCUUUCUUGUAGUUGUUGGCGUAAUCAUAACUGUAGCAAGUGGAUCCAGCAGUGGUCAUUCAUUGAAGGAAGCUGGGAUAUUUUGGAGUCUAUUGAUGAUAGUUUCUUUUUUGUUGCAAGCAGCUGAUACUGUUCUUAAGGAAGUAAUCUUUUUGGAUGCCGCACAGCGAUUAAAAGGUGGUUCAGUAGAUCUAUUUGUUGUAAAUUCCUCUGGUUCUGCAUUUCAAGCAUUAUUCAUUUGCCUACUUCUACCCUUUUUAUCAAAACUUUGGGGCAUUCCAUUUAGUCAGCUUCCAAACUAUCUUAAAGACGGUGCAGCUUGCUUCUUGAACAUUAGUGGUACUUUAUCAAGUGGAUGUGAUGGCGCACCACUACUGCCUUUGCUGUUUGUUAUUGUCAACAUGGGGUUUAACAUAUCAUUGCUGCAUCUCCUAAAGAUAUCUUCUGCUGUGGUUUCUUCACUUGCAUCCACUUUUUCAGUGCCUAUUUCAGUCUAUGUUUUCACACUGCCGCUACCAUAUCUUGGUGUUCCGUCGUCGCUUCCAACCGGUUUUGUUGCAGGAGCAAUCAUCCUUGUGAUGGGGUUGCUUAUCUAUGCUUGGUCACCAUCUGGUUCCACCAGUGCCUUGCCUUCACCUUCACCUUCACCUUCACCUUCACCUUCACCUUCUGGGUAGAAUGUGAUAAUCCAUUGUUAUCAUCAAUUGCCUUAUCUCCUUCAAGAAUGUGAUUAUCGUCAUCAUCAUAAUUAUCAAUGUCAUAGUGACUAGAGCAUGUCGGGCCCUCCAAUCGUCAGAAAUACGGUAGGAGGAAGGAGAACGUUCUUCUUUGUUGUAAAAUGCUUGGUUCCUUAGUGUGCAUCAUGCACCUCUAUAUUCAAGCGGAGGGGAAAAAAGAAAACUAAAAAAAAAAAAGAAGAAAAGGAAUGAAAGUAAAAUUUGGUGAGAGGUAGAGACUUAAUCAAUUCUAGUCGUUUGACAAAAAUAGGAAAUCGAAGUGUAUCAUUUAACAGAAUGUUAGGAAGAAUGGAUUUCGUGAAGCAAUAUUAUGAGUUCAUUUUCUACACGUUCUUAUGAUUUUUUUUUUUUUUAACAAAAAAGUUGAAG